UUUAAGGGUAAAUUUGGAUCGUUGGCUAUUUUUCUUUAUAAAGAAAAGUAAAGAACAGAAAAAGUGGGGGCAGGGCGUCGAUCUUACGCCAAAUCGAAGUGAUAGAAAAUUCUAGAAGCAGAUGCAGACAUUUCUUCCUCUUAGUUGUAUAAGAAUCCUAUCAAUCUACUCUUCUCUUCUACUUCAUUUACAUUCUCUUUUCCUCUAGGAUUUCAUUGGUGAAUUUGAUUUGAUAUGGCAUCAAAGCGCAUUCUGAAAGAGCUCAAGGAUUUGCAGAAGGAUCCUCCUACGUCUUGCAGUGCUGGUCCUGUGGCUGAUGACAUGUUCCAUUGGCAAGCAACGAUUAUGGGUCCUGCUGAUAGCCCUUAUGCUGGAGGAGUCUUCUUAGUUUCUAUUCAUUUCCCUCCUGAUUAUCCCUUUAAACCUCCCAAGGUUGCUUUUAGGACAAAAGUCUUCCACCCGAACAUUAAUAGUAAUGGAAGCAUAUGUCUGGAUAUUCUUAAGGAACAAUGGAGCCCAGCGCUAACAAUCUCCAAGGUUUGAUUUGACUAUUACAUUUUCUUUUGUUAUUGUUAGACAUUCAUUACCAUUGAAACUUUUAUUUAUCUGAGAACUGGAUUAUUUGCAGUAUUAUACACAUAAGCAUUGGAUGUUUUUAUGAAACUCACUUGCAUAGUUAUUAAAGGCUCAAGGCGCACUAAGGCGCCAAGUGAUCCUGGAGCCUAGGUGCAAGGCGCAAGGAGAAGGCAUAUGCCUGAGCAAAAUGAGGCGCAAAAAAAAAAAAAAUAAAUAAAAGUAAAAUAAAUAUGAAUAUUCCAUCAAACUUCAAAUAACAUAAAACUAAAAAUAAUAAUAACAAUUAAGCAUUCAAGUACUAAAUUAUUAAAACUUUAAUAGUUUUUUAAUAUUUCAUAACUAAAGUUAAAAAAUUAUAAAGUAACUAUAUCUUCUUCAUCUUUUUCUACACCUUCAUCUUCUUAAUAUUCAUCUUCAAAAUCAAUAUCUUCAUCAUUUUCCUUACCUUUAAGAAUUAAAGGAGUAUUAAAUUUUUUUUUUUUAAAAAGAUAAUGAGUGGUAGUGUUGAAAAUGAAAAUAUGAGAGGUUUAUAACCCUGAGUAUGUUAGUUUGAUGAGAUUUUGAUAAAUAGUUAUCACCAACAAUACUAAUUUUGAAAACUUUUAUAUCGACAAAUUUCGAGUUGGGUGGUAGUACUUUUUGUCAAUGGAAGUACUCGCCGAAUGUAGAAAUAAAAAAGGCACGCCUUUUUAGCCUUGCGCCUAGAACAAGGAGCACGCGCCUAGGCGCAUAAGGCGAGGGCCUGGUGAAUGUUGCCCGCCUUUCUCCUGUAGAGGCGCUAGGACUGGAGCUUGGUGAGCCUGGAGCCUCAGGCAUGCCUUUAAUAACUAUGCUCACUUGAAAUCAGUAUGCCUUGUGCACUAUUACGUGGUUAUCUAUUAGUAGAUAUGACCAUUUGACUCUUAAUGUUGUUUAUGGGGUGAUUAUUCUCAUUAUUAAUGAGAAAUUAUUCUAAUAUCUGUUGGAUUGCUUGGCUUCUUUCUGUACAUGGCUUAGUCCUGUUUUAAGGUAUUUAGUGGAGAAGAGAUUGGAUACAGCAGUAAUAAUGAUAAGGUCCCAAAGGUCUCAGUUUGUGAUAGUAAAUCUGAGAAUUAGUUUUGUCUAUUCUAUGCAUGAAUGCUGAAGGUCUGAGAUGGCUGGUGACUUUAAAUCAACCUGCAAUUGCACAAUGACUUGAUGAUCCCUUGGCAAUAUUUGACAAUUUGAGUCUCCAAUUUAUACUGGAACUAUGAUUAUUCAGCUAUUUUUCUUGCUAUUAAAGGAAUAGCAAGAUAUGAGUGUUCACAGAGUUUAGUCUUGUUUAAGGUGUUUUGUCAGGACUCGGGAGUUGGAGUUAGUGUACCAGUAGUGAUUUGAC